UCGAGCUGGCGCGCGGUGACGCCCGGUGACGCUGCUCGGUGACGCCGCGAUGUUCGGUGACGGUGGUGUGACCAGCCCCGGGGGGCUGCUGCGGCUGCUGAUGGUGGCGGCUGCCCUCUCGGUGCCGUCGGUCCGAGCCAACCCGGACGCCAAGAGGCUGUACGACGACCUGCUGUCCGACUACAACCGGCUGAUCCGUCCGGUCUCCAACUCCACGGAACGGGUUACCGUCAAACUGGGCCUGCGGCUCUCGCAGCUCAUGGACCUGAACCUCAAGGAUCAAAUCUUGACAACGAAUGUGUGGGUGGAACACGAGUGGAUGGACUACAAGUUCACAUGGGACCCGGAGGAGUACGGUGGUGUGACCGAGCUUUACGUCCCAGCCGAACACAUAUGGCUGCCAGAUAUCGUCCUGUACAACAACGCCGACGGAGAGUACGUCAUCACGACACUCACCAAGGCGGUGAUACACAGCGGCGGACGGGUUGUCUGGAACCCGCCGGCCAUCUACAAGUCCUACUGCCAGAUCGACGUCCAGUACUUUCCCUUCGACCAGCAGCAGUGCUUCAUGAAGUUCGGCAGCUGGAGCUACGGCGACUCGAUUGACCUGCGUCACAUCAACCAGUCGGCCGAGUCGAACCACGUUCAGCUGGGGAUCGACCUGAAGGAGUACUACCCCAGUGUCGAGUGGGACAUUCUCGAGGUACCCGCCACCAGAAACGAGAAGUUCUACCCGUGCUGCACCGACCCAUUUCCAGAUAUCUAUUUCAACAUGACGCUGCGCAGGAAGACGCUGUUCUACACGGUGAACCUCAUCAUCCCCUGCGUGGGCCUCUCCUACCUCUCCGUCCUGGUGUUCUACUUGCCGGCCGACUCUGGGGAGAAGGUGGCCCUCUGCAUCACAAUCCUCCUCUCCCAGACCAUGUUCUUCCUGCUCAUCUCCGAGAUCAUGCCGUCCACAUCCCUAGCCGUACCACUGCUCGGCAAAUACCUCCUCUUCACGAUGAUACUUGUCAGCAUUUCUGUCAUCUCCACCAUCGUCAUCCUGAACAUCCACUACCGGAAGCCGUCCACGCACCGGAUGGCGCCCUGGGUGCGGCGCUUCUUCAUCCACCGGCUGCCGCCGCUGGUGAUGAUGAAGGUGCCGGACUCGUCGCCGCCAAACUCGGCGUUCGACGAGAAGCCGGCCGGCACCAGCAGGAGCGGCUUCUCCAGCGCCUCCUCCGGCAUGGACGAGGGAGCGCGACUGCGGGCGCUCAACUCGUUCGACGACGACAGGCGGUAUCCGUACGAGAUUGAGCGGGCGAUACAGAACGUGAAGUUUGUACACCAUUGCUGGAAGAUCCAGGAUCAGUAUGAUGAGGAGGACCAGGACUGGGCGUUCAUAGCCACCGUGCUGGACCGGGUGCUGCUGCUGCUCUUCAGCGUCGUCUCGCUGCUCGGAACGUUCGUCAUCUUGUGCGAGUCGCCGUUCCUUUACGACACUACGCCGGCCAUCGACAUUCAGCUCUCGGAGGUCGCGCACCAGAUGGACAUUUUCGGCGAUACGUGAGCGCGU